AUGUUCAAGUUGAUCAGCGGUCUUACCAUCGGCCUCAACGUGGCUCUGGCCACAGCCCAAACAAGCGAAGGCUUCAUCUACCAGACCAACAAUCCAAUAAUAGUCAACUACGGCGACGACGUUGGCUCUCCCUGGAGCCCCGGUGAUACAGUCCCGGCUGAUGAAACCACCGCGCCCCCCCAAGUCGGCUUCCCAUAUGGGAGGGGAGGGGAUAGCGAAGUAAGCAACAAUGAGCUCGUCCUCAUCAUGGUCGACUCCGACUCCGAGACCCCGGACGGCUCAACAGCAACCCUGAACCUCCUCCACUCCGGCCUGAAGCGAGACCAGGAACUCACCCAAACAGACAACUACCUGUUCUACCCCGUCACGUCGAAGAAGGCACCUGAGGCCAAGUACCUGGCCCCAUCCCCGGAGAAGGGGUCGGGCGUUCACAACUACACUCUCUUGCUCUUUGAGCACCCCGAGGGAGGCUUUAACUUCCCUGACUCUUAUGCCAAGUUCAAGCCUAACACCACUGAGGCUCGUGCUGGGUUUCCGCUGAAGGAUUUUGUCGAUGACUUGGGGCUGGGUGAGCCGUUUGCUGGGACGUGGCUCACGGAGAAGGCGUGA